CCCCGCACGGAGAGCACCGGCAUUAGGGAUCCACCUCCCUCCCACCAUCCACCCUGCCUCCCUCCCAUCCCUCCCAUCCAUCCUCCAUCCCUCCCAUCCCUCCCGGCGCUCCAUGCCCGGCUCCGCGCGGAGCCGCGCUCGGCCCGGCCGGGACCGGCAUGUCCGAGCGGGGUGAGGCGGGCAGCUGCCCCCGCCGGGGCCGAGCCGGAGCCGGAGCCGGGCGCUGCAGAGCCGGGCUCGCCCCGGCAGCGAGCGGGGAUGGAGCCGAGAGAGCCUCGGGGGGCGAGAGGGAGCGCCUGGCUCGGGCUGAGCCGCGUCCCUGAACCCUCGGGCUGAUCCCGGGAUUCUGGGCUGCUCCCGGAAUCCUCGGGCUGCUCCCGGAAUCCUUGGGCUGCUCCCUGAAUCCUUAGGCUGCUCCCUGAAUCCUUAGGCUGCUCCUGGAAUUUUGGGCUGAAUCUGGAAUUCUGGGCUGCUCCCGGAAUCCUUGGGCUGCUCCCUGAAGCCUUAGGCUGCUCCCGGAAUUUUGGGCUGAUCCUGGAAUUCUGGGCUGCUCCCGGAAUCUUUGGGCUGCUUCUGGAAUUUUGGCUGCUCCCGGAAUUUUGGGUUUCUCCCGCAACCCUUGGGCUGCUCCCGGAAUCUUGGCUGCUCCCGGAAUCCUUGCACUGAUCCUGGAAUUUUGGGCUUCUCUGGGAAUCCUUGGGCUGCUCCUGGAAUUUUGGCUGCUCCUGGAAAUUUGCCUGCUCCCAGAAUUUUGGGUUUCUCCUGGAAUCUUGGCGUUCCUGGCUGCGAGGAGGGUCAGAGGCUGCUGUGUCCUGGAGGAGCCGCUGGACAGCGGAGGGAGCUCCGUGUGCCCGGAGCCAGGCUGGCCUGGAUCUGAGAGGACAUCCCAGAGGAUCUGAGAGAUUGUUCCAGAGGAUCUGAGAGAUUGUUCCAGAGGAUCUGAGAGGUUAUCCUGGAGGAUCUGAGAGGUUAUCACAGAGGAUCUGAGAGGUUGUUCCAGAGGAUCUGCAAGGAUAUCCUGGAGGAUUCUUGAAGAUAUCCCGGAGGAUCUCAGCAGUUAUCCCCAAGGAUCUCACAGGAUAUCCCAGAGGAUCUGAGAGAUUAUCCCAGAGGAUCUGAGAGGUUGUUCCAGAGGAUCUGAGAGGAUAUCCUUGAGGAUCCCUGAAGAUAUCCCAGAGGAUCUCACAGGAUAUCCCAGAGGACAGCGAUAUUCCCAAGCCUGGCAGUGCUCCUGUGUCCUUGUCCUGGUGGGCUCAGCCACGGAUUCGGAGCCCUCGGCGCUGAGAUUCUGGUUUGCUUUCUGGGGAUUUUGGUUUGCUUUCUGGGGAUUUCGGUUUGCUUUCUGGGGGCACCCGUGGACUGACACCUCAGGCGCUGGCUGAGUGUCCCUGUGCCUCGGGAGCGGGCUGGAGCUGUCCCCAAGCUGUCCCCAAGGCCACGCCUCUGCCAUGGCAUCGCCGGGCGCGGAAUCCUGAAGGUGCCCCCAUCCCGCUGCCAGCCGAGAUGGGAACCUCUGGGAAAACCUAGGCUGCCAAAAAACCACCCGGGCACAGAGGAGAGGCAUCCACGUGAGCCGGGGGGUGACAGCCCAGCAUGACAGCGUGCCAGCACCCCAUGGCGCCGGGAGCCCUGGAGCGGGACCGGCUGUACCAGCACAAGGUGUCCCUGGUGGUGCGCUACUUCAUGAUCCCCUGCAACAUCUGCCUCAUCCUGCUGGCCACCUCCACGCUGGGAUUCGCCGUGCUGCUCUUCCUCAAUAACUACAAACCCAACAGUUACUUCACACAGACGCCGACGCCGCCGCGGGAUGGGUGCCGGGGCAUGCUCUGUGGCUUCGGGGCCGUGUGCGAGCGCAGCCCCUCGGAGCCGGGCCAGGCCUCGUGCGUGUGCAGGAAGGGUCCCUGUGCCCCCGUGGUGGCCCCGGUGUGCGGCUCCGACCACUCCACCUACAGCAACGAGUGCGAGCUGGACCGGGCGCAGUGCAACCAGCAGAGGAGGAUCAAGGUGGUCAGCAAGGGACCCUGCGGCUCCAAGGACCCCUGCGCGGAGGUGACCUGCAGCUUUGGCAGCACGUGUGUCCCCUCCCCUGACGGCCAGGUGGCCAAGUGCGUGUGCCCCUCGUCGUGCAGCGGCGUCCCCGAGAGCCCCGUGUGCGGCAGCGACGGCCGCGACUACCGCAGCCAGUGCCACCUCAACAAGCACGCCUGCGACAAGCAGGAGAACGUCUUCAAGAAGUUCGACGGGCCCUGCGACCCGUGCCAGGCCGUGCCGAGCGAGCCGGGCCGCGUGUGCCGGGUGAACCCGCGGACGCGGCGGGCGGAGCUGCUGCCCCGGCCCGAGGGCUGUCCCCCGGGCAGGGACCCGGCCUGCGGCGACGACGGCGUCACCUACGACAGCGAGUGCGCCAUGGCGCGCGCCGGCGCCAUCCGGGGCAUGGACAUCCAGAAGGUGCGCUCGGGGCAGUGCCAGCCGCAGGACAAGUGCCAGGAGGAGUGCAGGUUCAACGCGGUGUGCCUGAACCGGCGCGGGGCCGCGCGCUGCUCCUGCGAGCGCAUCGCCUGCGACGGCGCCUUCCGGCCCCUGUGCGGCCGCGACGGCCGCACCUACGGCAGCGAGUGCCAGCGGCGCCGCGCCGAGUGCCUGCAGCAGCAGCACAUCCCCGCCCGCCACAGCGGGCCCUGCGACCUGGGCGCGCCCAGCCCCUGCCUGAGCGUGGAGUGCUCCUUCGGGGCCACGUGCGUGGUGAAGAACCAGCAGGCCGUGUGCGAGUGCCAGCAGCAGUGCCAGGGCCGCUACGACCCCGUGUGCGGCACCGACCAGCGCACCUACGGCAACCCCUGCGAGCUGCACGCCAUGGCCUGCCUGCUGCAGAGGGACAUCGGCCUGCGCCACAAGGGGCCCUGCGAGCGCUGCGGGAAGUGCCAGUUCGGUGCCAUCUGCGAGGCGGAGAGCGGGCGCUGCGUGUGCCCCACCGAGUGCGUGCCCUCGGCGCAGCCCGUCUGCGGCACCGACGGCAACACCUACGGCAGCGAGUGCGAGCUGCACGUCCGAGCCUGCACCCAGCAGAAGAACAUCCUGGUGGCUGCCCAGGGCCCCUGCAGGUCAUGUGGCAGCUCGGUGUGCUCCUUUGGUAGCCGCUGUGUGGGUGGGCAGUGCCUGUGCCCGCGCUGCGAGCGCCAGCCCCCGGCCCCCGUGUGCGGCACCGACGGCGUCACCUACGACAGCCCCUGCCAGCUGCAGGUGGCCUCGUGCCAGCUGCAGAAGAGCAUCGAGGUGGCCAGGAUGGGACCCUGUGAGGACGAGUGUGGCUCGGGGGGCUCUGGCUCGGGCGACGGCAGCGAGUGCGAGCAGGAGCGGUGCCGGCAGUUCGGGGGCUGGUGGGACGAGGACGCCGAGGACGAGCCCUGCGUGUGCGACUUCACCUGCGCGGCCGUGCCCCGCGGCCCGGUGUGUGGCUCUGACGGCGUCACCUACGGCAGCGAGUGCGAGCUGAAGAAGACGCGGUGUGAGAAACGCCAGGAGCUCUUUGUCACCGGCCAGGGAGCCUGCAGGGGCCUGGCCACCAGCCCGCCGCCGCUGCUGGUGGUGCACUGCAGCCAGACCGUCUACGGCUGCUGCCCCGACAACGUCACCCUGGCGCUGGGCGUGGGAGCAGCCGGCUGUCCCAGCACGUGCCAGUGCAACCCGUACGGCUCCUACGGUGGCUCCUGUGACCCGGGCACGGGCCAGUGCUCCUGCAAGCCCGGCGUGGGCGGCCUCAAGUGCGACCGCUGCGAGCCCGGCUUCUGGAACUUCCGCGGCAUCGUCACCGACGGCCGGAGCGGCUGCACGCCGUGCCACUGUGACCCCGUGGGCUCGGUGCGGGAUGACUGCGAGCAGAUGUCGGGGCUGUGCUCCUGCAGGACGGGCAUCACGGGCAUGAAGUGCACCCAGUGCCCCGACGGCAGCACGCUGGGCACCGCGGGCUGCCACAAGGACCCCUCAGCCCCCAGGUCCUGCGAGGAGCUGAGCUGUGACUUCGGGGCCUCGUGCGUGGAGCUGAACGGCUUCGCCCACUGCGAGUGCCCGUCCCCGCUGUGCCCCGAGGCCAACACCACCAAGGUGUGUGGCUCUGAUGGUGUCACCUACGGGGACCAGUGCCAGCUGCGGACCAUCGCCUGCAGGCAGGGCCAGCACAUCACGGUCAAGCACGUGGGGCAGUGCCACGAGUCCAUCACGCUGUCGAGCCCCCCGGUGCCCCCCACGCCGCUGCCCACGCUGCCCCCGGAGCGGCUCCUGCUGCCCGCGCCCCCCGCGCCCCCCGCGCCCACCGCGGCCGCCACCGCCGCGCCAGCGCCGCCCACCGAGCGAGGCCACCCCGCCACCAGGCGUGUGACAACAGCCAGGCCGGCCACCACGGCCUGGGCCACCCCCGGCGUGCACAGGGCCACCGUCCGCCCGCUGGUCACCGUGCCCGUGGUGGUGGCCACCAGCCAGCCGGGCUACGGCGAGUCCGGCAGCGCCGAGGGCAGCGGGGACCAGGACAUGGGCACCAGCGGGGACCAGGAGUCCAGCGGGGCAGGAUCUGCCGGCGAGGAGGAGCUGGCCGAGGCCCAGGUGACAUCCACGCCUGCCAUCGAGAGGGCCACGUGCUACAACAGCGCCCUGGGCUGCUGCGCCGACGGCAAAACCGCCAUGGCCGACAGCGAGGGCAGCAACUGCCCCGCCACCAAGGUGUUCCAAGGAGUGCUGAUCCUGGAGGAGGUGGAGGGCCAGGAGCUGUUCUACACCCCGGAGAUGGCCGACCCCAAAUCCGAGCUCUUCGGGGAGACGGCGCGGAGCAUCGAGAGCGCGCUGGACGAGCUGUUCCGAGGUUCUGAUGUCAGGAAGGAUUUCAGGAGCGUCCGCGUGCGGGACCUGGGCCAGAGCAGCGCCGUCAGGGUCAUCGUGGAGGCCCACUUUGACCCAGCCACGUCCUGCAUGGCUGCUGAUGUCCAGGGGGCUCUGCUGAAGCAGCUCCGAGCUGCCAAGAGAAAAACCAUCCUGGUGAAGCAGCCCCAGCAGGAGCACGUCAAAUUCAUGGAUUUUGACUGGAUCCCCCGGCUCUUCACCACCACCGUCACCACCACCACGGCCACCACCAUGGCACCGGGCACCACCCGCAGGGUGCCCGCGCCCACCGCGGCCCCGGGGCAGCAGGGCGAGCCCGGGGGCAGCCCCGGCCCCGUGCUGGGCACCCCCAGGAGCCCUGGCAGCACCCCCAGGAGCCCUGGCACCACCAGGAGCCCUGGCACCACCAGGAACCCCGGCAGCAGCAGCAGCAGCAGCAGGAGGAAGCCCACCCCGCUGCCCCCUGGCACCGCGCCCGCCCCGCGGCCCUGCCAGUCCCAGCCCUGCCUGCACGGUGGCACCUGCCAGGACGAGGGGCACAACUUCAGCUGCAGCUGCCCCGCGGGCAGAGGAGGGGCUGUGUGUGAGAAAUCCUCCAGCCCGUGGGUGCCGGCGUUCGGGGGCCGCUCGCUGCUGGCGCUGCGCACGCUGCGCGCGUACCACACGCUGCGCAUCGCGCUGGAGUUCCGCGCGCUGGAGCCCAGCGGGCUGCUGCUCUACAACGCGCAGCGCCACGGCAAGGACUUCAUCGCGCUGGCGCUGCGGGGCGGCUUCGUGCAGCUCAGGUUUGACACGGGCUCUGGCACGGGCACCGUCACCAGCCGCGUGCGGGUGGCGCCGGGGCGCUGGCACCGGCUGGUGGUGACGCGGAACCGGCGCACGGGCACGCUGGCCGUGGACGGGGAGCCCCCCGUGAGCGGGCACAGCCCCCCGGGCACCGACGGGCUCAACCUGGACACCGAGCUCUUCAUCGGGGGCGUGCCCGACGAGCACGCGGCACUGGCGGCCGAGCGCACGGGUGCCAGCGGCGGCCUGCGGGGCUGCGUGCGGGCGCUGGGCAUCAACAACCGCGGGCACGAGCUGCGCCAGGGCGCCGGCGACGUGCUGUACGCCAGCGGCGUGGGCGAGUGCGGCACCGAGCCCUGCCAGCCCGACCCCUGCCACCACGGGGGCACCUGCCACGCCGGGGAGCACGGCAUGUUCCAGUGCCAGUGCCCCGAGGCCUACACGGGCCCCACGUGUGCCUCGGAGCGGAACCCGUGCGAGCCGUCGCCGUGCCACCCCUCUGCCACGUGCCUGGUGCUGCCGCCGGGGGGGGCGCUGUGCGCGUGCCCCGUGGGCCGCGAGGGGACCCUCUGCGAGCGAGUGACGGAGCAGGACCAGUCCGUGCCCUUCCUGCCCGAGUUCAACGGCUUCUCCUACCUGGAGCUCAACGGGCUGCAGAGCUUCGUGCCCGACCUGCAGGACAAGCUGUCCAUGGAGGUGGUGUUCCUGGCCCGGCAGCCCAGCGGGAUGAUCUUCUACAACGGGCAGAGGAGCGAUGGCAAAGGGGACUUCGUGUCGCUGGCACUGCACCGCGGGCACCUGGAGUUCCGCUACGACCUGGGCAAGGGGCCCGCCCUGCUCAGGAGCAGGGAGCCGGUGCCCCUGGACACGUGGGUCAGUGUCCUGCUGGAGCGGAGCGGCCGCAAGGGCGUCCUGAGGGUCAACAACGGCCCCGGGGUGACCGGGGAGUCCCCGAAAUCCCGUAAGGUGCCCCACAUGGUGCUGAACCUCAAGGAGCCCUUCUACGUGGGGGGAGCCCCCGACUUCUCCAAGCUGGCUCGAGCAGCUGCCAUCUCCAGCGGCUUCCACGGAGCUGUGCAGAGGAUCUCCCUGGAGGGCGUGCCCGUGCUGAAGGAGCAGAACAUCCGCAGUGCCAGGGAGGUGUCCCCGUUCCGGGGGCACCCCUGCACCCAGAAGCCCAACCCGUGCCAGCACGGGGGCUCCUGCAGCCCCAGCCUGGGGGGCUACCACUGCUCCUGCCACAGGGGCUUCUCGGGGGAGCACUGCGAGAAGGUGAUCAUCGAGAAGGCGGCGGGGGACGCCGAGGCCGUGGCCUUCGAUGGCCACACGUACCUGGAGUACCACAACGCUGUCACCAAGAGCGAGAAGGCGCUGCAGUCCAACCACUUUGAGCUGAGCAUCAAGACGGAGGCGACGCAGGGGCUGCUGCUGUGGAGCGGGAAGGGGCUGGACAGGGCCGAUUACAUCGCGCUCGCCAUCGUGGACGGCUUCGUGCAGCUCAGCUACGACCUGGGCUCCAAGGCCGUCACGCUGCGCUCCAGCGUGCCCGUCAACACCAACCAGUGGGUGCACAUCCGCGCCUCCCGGGUGCAGAGGGAGGGCUCCCUGCAGGUGGGGAACGAGGCCCCCAUCGCCGGCUCCUCUCCUCUCGGGGCCACCCAGCUGGACACGGACGGGGCGCUGUGGCUGGGGGGUCUGGACAAGCUGAGCGUGCCCCAGCGCCUGCCCAAGGCCUUCAGCACGGGUUUCGUGGGCUGCAUGCGGGACGUGCUCGUGGACCGGCGGGAGCUGCACCUGCUGGAGGACGCCCUGAACCAGCCGCGGAUAUUGCACUGCUCGGCCAAAUAGAGCCCCGGGACCUCCCUCCCUGCCCCCUCCUCCCUCCCUCCUGCCUAUUGCUGUAAUUAUUUUCUAUUUUUGUAAACUUAUUGCUUUUUAUAUUUUUGGGGGGGACAGGGAGGGCAGGAAACCCUUUUUGCUUUCGGGCUCUCGGGGCGGCGAGGCUCGGCCCGAGCAGCAGAACAAAGCUCGACCAGGCCCCGAGAAGAACCAGAACUCUCCCACUGCAGCGUCGAUCUUCUUCAUACUUGAAGCUUCUUUGUUUUUGGGGUUGUUUCCCCCUUUGUUUUCCUGUUUUUUGGGGGGUUUGUUCCCAAAAACAACCCUGUUUUCCUGUGGGGGAAGCGCUGCUGGUGCUGGCGAGGCCUUGGCGGAUUCACGGGGUGGGAAUUCCCGCCCUGCUCCGGGCUCUGGCUCUUCCAAACCUUCUCCUGGCCCCGUGUUCACCUGAAUCCUGCUGCCCCCUGUUCCUCUCACUGUAAUUUAUGUGUGUAAGGAUCUCAAGUGCUUUUCUCCUCCGAGCUCUGCUCGAAUCAGGGAUGCCACGCACUGGAAGGGAGAGCGCCGGGCCCGCGCUUCGCUCCGCGCCCGCCUCGGGACUCUUUGCUGGACUCAGAGGUGCUGGGGAGGCAAAAAUGUGGAUUUUUCCAGCGGUUCUCCUCCUCCUCUUCCUCUUGGACACGUGCAGGAGCAGCUGUGAAACCUCAUUCCCACAUUUCGUGUUCAUCCAGACGUGUCCUGACCCUCCCCAGCCAGCGAGCCUUGGCCUCCCUCAUGCUGGGGAUCACUUGGAGCUCCUCUCCAAGAGCUGGGAAUUCUCUCCCUCUUCCAAAAGGACCAGGAGAUUCCCUUUUCCCUCCUCAGAGAUCUCCUGGAUGUGUCCUUCCACACCCCACAGCGUUCUCCAGCCUCUUUCUCCCAGCCUGGCAAGGCAGAGCUGCCACUGGAGCCUCUCCCACCAAGAGAAUUUGGGAUUUUUCACCUUGGACUUGGAGUUUUUGGGUCUUCCACAUCCUCUGGGUGCUUCCAGCCCAGCAGGAACAGCUCCAGCAGGAGCAGGAGCGAGGCUGGGGGAGUAUUUGGGGCAAUUUGAAGCAUUUUCUUCCAGGAAAGGAAAAUUUUGGGGCCAGUUCUGAUGUUUCUGGGGUUUGGCUGCAGCUCGGGGUCUCCUGGAUGUGAAGAACAGAAGGAAGAAAUCCCAUCUUCCUUUGGGAUUCCUUCUCCAUGGAAGGAUUUCCUGCUGCUUUGUGGCCUCUGUGUCCCUUUCCCACCCUCAGCCUGAAUUUCUCUGUGGAAAAACGACUUUAGGGAAUUCACCUGUGGGAUCCCACCGGGUUCUGGGUGGGAGUUCCUGCCCAAGGUGCCAAAAUUUGGCUUUUUUCCCCUAAAUUUCUACCCCACCUUGCAGGGCACCCUUUGAAAUGGGGGUUUUGGCACCAACUUUUGAGCCAGGAAAGGUCAAAUUUCUUCUCUCAGGGUGAGCUCUGAACAAAGGUGGAACCAAGAGGGAAAACCAAUGGAAAAACCACUUGGAUCUGCUUUGAUUUCAUUUAUUUGAUUUAAAAAAAAAUAAAUAUUCCCAACCUGUGACAUUCCUGUGGAAAAUGCAGGGUUAAACAUUCCACGGGGGCUGUGCCCUGUGUGGGAUGAGGGCUCUGCUGUGCCUGGGGCUUCCGGGGGUGCCAAAAUUCCCAUUUUUUGGGUCAGUGUUGAGAUUCCUGGUGGGAAGUGCUGGGGUGGGGUGGGAGGGAGGGGUCUGGGAAUCCCCCAGUCCAUAUUUUGGGAAUGGCAUUCCCAGCUGGGCUGCUGUUCCAGCUCCAGAGGGAUGGGGAAGCUGCUGAUUUUCAGGAAUGAAAAAACAACAAAAAAACCCCCAAGAAUUGAACAAAAAUAAAUCUUAAAAACUCAUUCUGCUUUGGCUGGGGCUUGGAAAUGCCUUAAACCAGGAUUUGUGUCCUCGUGGGGGAGCAUUUGGAAUUUCCAGCAGCGCAUUCACCUGGGCUUUAUUUUUAACAACAUUUCUACCACAGAACGUGCAAAAAAAAAAAUCAAAAAAACAACAAAAAAAAAGACAUUGAGGUUGGGUGUUUUUUCUGGAUUUUUUUUUUUUGCUUUUUUUUUUUUAAUUUCAACCCCUGAGGUGUCCGUGGAGAGGGUGAAUUCCUGCCUCUGGGAGCUGCUGGCUGGGCUGUGGCGGGCGAUGCGCAGUAGAGGAGCAGCAUGAUGUAACCAUUACUAACUCGUGUCUUUCGUCAAAUCACCCAGAAAUAAAGUUUGGAAACGAUUCAAGAGGUUUUUAA